AUGUCCUUUACCCCCCCUCGGUCCAUCUUGAUCAUCGGUAGCGGCGUCUUCGGCCUUAGCACGGCCGACGCCCUGACCCGGCGUCCCGACUUUGCCCAUACGACCAUCACCGUUGUCGAUCGUGGCUCUGGCUGGCUUGCAGACGGCGAUGUCGCCAAUGAUGACGAUGACGACCGUCACUUUCCCGCCCGCGACGCCGCCAGCAUUGACAGCUCGCGCAUCAUCCGCCCCGACUAUGCCGAUCCGGCCUAUGCGGCCCUAGCAAACGAGGCGCAGGCGCUGUGGCGGACGCCCGUUGACACUAGCCAGGACUACAUCGGCGGCGACGGUCGUUACUCGGAGUCGGGGCUCGUCGUUAUUGCCGACGCAGAUGUCGACGGCCACGAGAAGCUGCCGGGCCAGAAAAAGACCGGCCUGGACUACGUUCGCGAGAGCUGGGCCAACGUCCGGGCCAUGGCCCAGACCGAUUCCUACCUGGCCGAGAGACUCAAACUUCUGCCUGAUCCAGAGGCCAUUCGCGCUGCCGUCGGUACUGGCGGUACUACCGGUUCUUGGGGCUAUCUCAACGGCGCCAGCGGCUGGGCCAAUGCCGAGGCCAGCAUGGCUUGGAUGCUGAAGCGAGUCCGGCAGACUGGUCGCGUUCAUUUUGUUCGUGGACGGGUGAUCUCGCUAUGUAAAGAGAUGACGUCAACAACGACAACCGUCACGGGCGUCGCUCUGGACGAUGGCCGCACUCUCACGGCUGAUCUGGUCGUCGUCGCUGCUGGCGCCUGGACAGAGGCAUUGCUAGAUGGUGCUCCCUCGUCCUCGUCCUCGUCUUUGUCCUCGUCCCCGUCUGGCCUGGUUGGCUCUCUCGCCGCCACCGGACAGGUCCUCGGCUAUGUCCCGCUGGCUGCUGAUGAGCACGUCCGCAUUGCCACCAUGCCUGUCGUGCUAAAUCUCAGCAGCGGCUUGUUUGUCAUCCCGCCCGCUGCCGACAGUCACGUGCUCAAGGUCGCUCGCCACGGCUAUGGCUACAUCAACCCUGUCCCAUCGUCCUCGGCCCCGUCGUCUGUCCUCUCAGUGCCCUUCACCACCCAGGAUGACCCCGACCUCCAGAUCCCCAAGGAAGGCGCCGACGACCUGCGCCGCGGCCUCCACGACAUCAUCCCACUGCCCGGCCUUGCGAGCCGCCCCUUUGGCCGCACUCGCAUCUGCUGGUACACUGACACGCCUACGGCCGACUUCCUCAUCGACUACCACCCCCACUGGAACGGCCUCUUUUUCGCCACCGGUGGCAGUGGCCACGGCUUCAAGUUUCUCCCCGUCCUCGGCCCCAAGAUCGUCGACUGCAUCGCCCGUUGCCCCCCCGAGGCCUUCCGCCAGAAAUGGGCCUGGAAGCAUCGCCAAACCACCGUCGUCGAACCGGAACAAGACGCCGGAAAGGACACUACAGCCUUCUGGAAGGCUGUCGUCUGUCACGACGGAAGCCGUGGUGGCCAGCCAGGUCUGAUUCUCCAGGAGGAGCUCGCAAAGGCGUCUUUGCCGUAG